AGUUGUGGACUCAUCUACGCCCAAGAGGGAGUGCACGACUUCACUUGAGUCCGCUGUUCUAUAGAAUUUUUGUCUAUAGUUUUUUAGAAUAUUCUAUUUUUACAUUAUUUUUUAAAAAACGAUUAAAGAAAAAUAUUGUCGUGGAAAAAUAAAAAAUAAAAAAUAAGAAAAACGAAGCCCUAGCCUCCAACAUCUUCUUCUUCUUCAUCUCCUUGAAGCCGCCGACCACCCCGCCUCCUUCUACUCAGUUUCUCGAUCAGCUACAGUCGUAAAGUCUUCAUCAACUUCUAAAAAGUCAACCAUGCCGACCGUAAGCGUCGGAAGAGAUCUUCUUUUUGCUGCCAUUGGAAGAAGUUACACGCAGGAAGAGUUUGAAGAGCUAUGCUUUAGGUUUGGAAUUGAGCUUGAUGACGUUACGACGGAGAAGGCGAUUAUUAGGAAAGAGAAGCAUUUGGAAGAAGAAGCGGAUGAAGAUGAAGAAGUCAUCUACAAGAUUGAAGUCCCCGCGAAUAGAUACGAUUUGCUAUGUCUGGAAGGGCUGGCACAAGCACUGCGCAUUUUUAAUGAGCAGGAGGACACACCCAGAUAUACAUUAGCCAAUAUCAGCAAAGAAUCUAUGCAUAAAAUGCAUGUAAAACCGGAGACUUCCAUGAUCCGUCCUUUCAUCGUUUGUGCUGUUUUGAGAGACAUGACUUUUGAUGAAGCAAUUUAUGAUAGUUUUAUUGAUUUGCAAGAGAAACUUCAUCAGAACAUAUGUCGACGGAGAAGUCUCGUCGCCAUUGGAACUCACGACCUGGAUACACUUGAAGGCCCCUUCACCUAUGAGGCUUUGCCACCUACAGCUAUAAACUUUGUGCCUCUGAAACAGACAAAGAAUUUCAGAGCCGAUGAUCUAAUGGAGUUCUAUAAAUCAGAUUUGAAGCUGAGGAAGUACGUGCCCAUAAUAGAAAAGUCACCUGUAUAUCCCAUUUUGUAUGACCGCAACAGAACUGUUUUGUCUUUGCCACCAAUUAUCAAUAGUGCACAUUCAGCUAUUACUUUGAAGACAAAGAAUGUGUUUAUUGAAUGCACCGCGACUGAUCUGACAAAGGCAAAUAUUGUCUUGAAUACCAUGGUAACUAUGUUUUCAACGCUGUGCAAAAAGAAGUUUGAAAUUGAACCAGUUGAAGUGAUAUAUCCGGAUGGCAGGUCGUGUAUUUAUCCAGAAAUAUCUCUCUACAAUAUGGAAGUUUCUCUGUCUUAUAUCAAUAAAUGUAUUGGAGUCUCAUUGGAGACAGAAGAGGUUAUCAGUUUGUUAAAUAGGAUGCAAUUGCACGCUGAACAGUCAGCAUCUGGUGACAAAUCUAGUCUAACUAUAUCUGUGCCCCCAACAAGGAGUGAUGUGCUACACCCAUGUGAUGUCAUGGAGGAUGUUGCUAUUGCUUAUGGGUAUAAUAAUAUCCCGAAGAGUAAACCAGCAUCUUUGCAGCCUCUAACAUUAAAUGAGUUCAGUGACCUUAUUAGAGGAGAGAUUGCAAUGAGUGGGUUCACGGAGGUACUUACGUGGAUUCUAUGUUCUUAUAAAGAGAACUUUGCCAUGUUAAAGCGUGAAGAUGAUAAAUCUACUGCAGUUGUCAUUGGAAAUCCUCGUUCAACUGAUUUUGAGGUUGUCCGAACCAGUCUUAUGCCUGGUCUUUUGAAAAUUGUUGGACAUAAUAAGGAUCACCCAAAGCCCAUAAAGAUAUUUGAAGUUGGUGAUGUAUCAUUGCUGGAUGAUUCAAAAGAUGUUGGCGCUAGAAAUCAUCGUUAUCUUGCUGCUCUAUAUUGCGGUGCCAAUUCUGGAUUCGAAUUGAUUCAUGGUUUGGUUGACCGAAUGAUGGAAGUCGUGGGAGCUCCUUUUGUCUCAGUUGGCGAUGAUACUGGGUAUUACAUAAAAUGUUCAGAUAACCCGGAGUUUCUUACUGGUAGACAAGCUCACAUCAUUUAUAAAGGAAAGAAAAUUGGCACUUUCGGAAUUGUUCAUCCCGAGGUUUUGGAGAACUUUGACAUUCCCGAUCCAUGUUCCUUAGUUGAAGUUAACAUGGAGAGCUUUUUAUAGCAUUGAUUCCACAGUCGAUGAUACGAGUUUUGAGGUUUUUCUCAGCUAACUCUCUUCCAAACAACACACGUUCUGUGUUUCGAGAACUCGAAGGCUGUCUCGCUUCAACUUUUAAUCCCUCAUCUAAAGAACCACACUCAGAAACUUUGGCCAUUUGUGGUGUAAUUGUAUGCCAAAACGUUGGUUCACUCUCCAUUAAAGUUUUUAACAUUCAUUGUCAUGAUUUCAGGCAGACUAAUUUUUGGUAUUUAAUAUACAACGGUCUAUAUUUCUUCA